GCCAUUUUGGCUCGAGCCGCGCGAGCUCCGCGGCGCUCGGCAUGUGGCCGCCGCCCCUUCCGCUGCGCUCACGGCGUCGGCGCCGCGGGGCUUCAUGCAGCCUGGUGGGCAGCUGCCGGGCGCCGUCACCGACACUCCCCGGGACAAUGGCUUUUCGAUGCCCCCGGGCGACGCCGCUGCCGGGGAGGCACCUCUGCCGACAGGAAGGACGAGUCGGCCUUCUUCAAAAGCGUCACUUUCUGUGCCGAUGGCGGACAAGGGAGGGAACGGUUCGGACUCAGACGCGCGCGCCAGCUCGCUGAAGUCGAACCCAGGCAAGCACUUAGAGGCGCCGAGGAGUUCGGCGAGGUCGGAUGCGAGGCCUUCGACGAGGCCUUCUACGAAGUCGGAGGUGAAAUCCGUGGAUUGGCUCAGCAGACUGUCAUUUGCGAGUGGGAUGAAGUGGACCGAAGUGGGGUGGCGCUCCAUCGGCCAUCAGACCAGGGACUUCGUGGACGCGAUGGGGGGCGAGGACGUGGGUGUCGCUUUCUGCACCCGAGCCGCCGUCCACGACGGGGCCGGUAUGCCCAGCAAGAGAAACAUGCGCGCGUUAUCGAGGGUGUUCGAGGAGAGCGAGGACGCGACAGAUUCAGCUGCGGCGACCAAGAGGAAGUCUGGCGAGCUGCCCCGGAGGCGCAACGUGAUGUAUCCCAGCACCUGCUCCUUCGCGGUCCGCACGGAGCGCUUGCUGAAGUGCUCUGCUCUGGCGUCGGCCGUCUACGUGUCUGGGGUGUCGGCCAUGGAGCCCGUCUGCAUGCCGUCUGAGGCUGGUGACGUCUGGCGGAGGUUCGGCGAGUCGCGGUGGAGGUUCGAGGCCAUGCUUGCCGCCGCCUCUGCAUUCAACGCGGUCUUCUACUGCUUUUCGUGCCUUUUCACCCGGCUGCUGUUCGGCCGCGUGGACACAUGCAAGGAUGAGGAGCUCGUUCACUUGUCAGACGUGUUGCGAAGCCACCUCGGCUCUCUGGGCUUGUGGAUGGACGUGCUGUCUAUGAUCGGGGCAGUGGCCGAGUGCGUCCACUUGUGGGAGGAGGCUAGCGAUGGCACGCCAACCGCAGCGCAGUGGUUCAUGAUGCUGCAGAUGGGCAAGUUGUGGCGGGUGCUAUUGCCUGAGCUGCCUGCGCAGACGAAGGCGGAGAGCUACUUAUUCCUGCGAGGCGUCGUGUGGAUAUUUCUGCAGUUGUUCCUGUUCGCCCAUUUCAUGGCUUGUGCCCUCAUGGUCGUAGGCAUGUUCGAGCAGAAUUCCGGCAGCAAGAGCUGGACGGAACAAUUGCAGCCUCUUGAAGUCGGUUGCGCCGUUACUUAUGCUGAAGCCAUCUAUUUUGCCGUGAUCAGUCUCACGUCGGUUGGAUACAGCGACAUGCUGGUGACGACGCGUGAGCGGGCCGUCAACACGGUGUUCUUGCUGCUGGCGCAGCUCUUCUCCGCGAAGGUCUGCGCGGACCUCACAUGGCUGACCUCCACGCACAACCACUGGGAGGCGCAGAACCAGGCUAAGCAGGCGCAGACCUGGGUGGCGCUGUGCAAGAUGGAGGUUCCUUGGAUCGUCGCCAAGCGUGUCCUCGCCUUCCAGAGUUACGUCGCCAACGUGCACAGGGAAGACUUGGCGCAGUCUGCGUUUUCAGGCCUAUCAGACAAUCUCAUCAAAGAGCUCCGGCUUUGCGCCUACCGAAAGCUCGUCAUCCAAGCGCCUUUUCUCCGGGAGCAGACGAAGGAAGUGAUCGGCAACAUCGUCGGAGCCUUGCGCGACGCGGUGUACCUGCCCGCCGACUUUAUCGUUCGCGCAGGCGAGAAGGGGCGCGAGCUCUUCUUUAUUCGCCGCGGGACAUCUGCCGUCUACGUUGGCAAGGAUCCGCCCACUUGGGGAAAGAGCGAGUCGGUCAUGAACUACACCGCGGGAAAUUAUUUCGGUGAGUUGGCCAUGCUUACAGGCCGUCCACGUGCCGCAUGGGUCAUGGCUACGAGUUAUUCGGUGUGUUCUUCUUUGUUGUUCAGCGACGUGGAGAAUCUAGGAAAAGAAUUUCCAGGAGCAUUUACAAGAAUGAUACACUCCAUCGUGGACCAGUUCCAGCUGAAGCCAUCCAUGCAGUGGGCAGAUGUGGCGAUGCGGAUUCACGAGAAGCUGGGCUUCGAAACUAUCGAGGAGGCGUUCGAGUGGUUUACCGAUCAGGGCGGCAUGCAGUGCGAUGACGAGAUGAACGCCAAGGCGUUCGACGAGGCCCUGCGCCGGCUGAAGGUGCCAGAGCUCGACCGGAAGAUUUUCUGGGCCACCAUCGAUACCGACAACAGCGGCUUCAUCACCAUGGACGAGUUCCGCGCGCAGCUGGCCCCCACAUGGGACUCGGACCGCGUGAGGGCCGCGGAGGCCUCGCAAGCUGGCGGCGCUGCUGGCUGCUCCGACAGCAGCCGCAUCAUCUCGCGCAGUCGCACUGACGACCUGCUCAGCCCAAAGAACGCUCACACCACUGGCAUGGAGUCCGAUCCCACGGCUGCAGCGCAGGCGGGCGCCGUUGCCGCCGCGCGGCUGCUGCGAGAGGUGCAGAGGGAAUUGAAGGAGAGCCGUGAGCAGGCCCGGCAGCUGACCGAGGAGGUGCGCGCGCUGCAGUCACUGCAGGAGCAGCAGGCACCAUGAGUGCUUCAACGAGUGAGCGCGUGCCACUAGUCGAAGCAUAGUGCUGUAUCUUUAUUUGCUUCCGGUAGUCUCGAGACCACAACUCCGACCGCGGAGCCCGCCUGACCCGUGAAUAUUCUCAGAGCUGCCUUGCAAUGUUGGAUCGAGCAUUAAAGCGGGACUGGACUGCCGAGCAUGGCAUCUAGUUUGUUACCUUUGGGCAUGAAGCAGUAUUGGCGUGCGACCUCGUCUAUAACGAUUCGCACCCAGCUGUGGUAGGAGUGCUGGCCAUGUUUACUCUAAUUUCAAAGUCUUACGCUCUUGCUAUCCUAGUGCUGACAGGGCGUCAAGUUUCACCGAAUUGACCGAUCGGACAUCAGGCCGGCCAUGGCUACAAUAUGCAGCCGACUGGCUGAUCUAGUCCUUUGUGUACCGCUCCCUGGGCGCGUUCCAUCUCGACACAUUGUUGCCUCGUUCCGUCUUGUUCUAUCUUGCCGCGCCCUGGCCUGGCCCUCCUCGUUCGAUUUCCUCUGCCACGUAGGCCUGGCGUGCCUCACUCGCAUCAGGCACUUGCGGUCGCCAUGCGCUGGUUACCGUGUGUGCGGCCAUUAGACCGGUUCUGUGUUCGCAACAUUGCCCCAUCUGCCUUUGCCAGUUUCAGCUGGGUGACAGUUGAUUGAACGCAUUUGGCCAUUGAUUCCUUACGCUACAUUGUGCUGAGCCUCCGCGCGAAAAAAAAACAAAAUUAGGAUGUAAACGAACGAUCGAUCAUCUGAUGUCAUCUGGACCUUGCGCGCGACUUGCGAGUCAGAAG